AUAUUUGAUUUGAUGUUUACAGUGAAUACGAUCUGGACCUCGGGUUUGAAGAAGACACUGGUAAAAAUAAAGUCUGGAAUCCGCAGUAUGUGACUCCGGUUCAGAUGACGGACUGUAUGAGCCCCCAGGUCCAUGGACUGGACUACCAUCAGGAGCAGUCCAGUAGUUUUACACAGACCUUUCUCCGGGGUAUUCUUACAUCACUAGAUAGCAGAGAUCCUGUAGUUGCCAAUGCAUGGUUGGAAACCUUACUGGAUGCUAUUGAUCUUCUUCCUAUUGAAGUUAUUAAACAAGAAAUUAUCACAAUUGCAAUAAAUAAAAGUCAGAUGUCUCAGCCACCUUUCUCAAGAAUGGCCUCUUGCAAGAUAUUGGGGAAAUUGUCGACCAAGUUAGAUCAACUGGGUGUGCGACAAGAGGUCCUGCCUCCCACCCUGUCGCUCUGUCAAGAUGUCGAAUCCGAAGUUAGAAACUGUAUGUGUCGACAGCUAGCCUUUGUCGCUCGUGGAGUUGGACUAGAACUUACCAAAUCGGCCGUCCUACCAGUUCUUGUCGAACUUAGUAACGACGAAAGUUGUGAUGUUCGUCUCUCUGCCAUAGAAACCGUCGUCCAUCUGCUAAGCCUUUUAGACGACGAAGUUUGCAACAACACAAUCGUUCCUUUAGUCAUCAAAUCCUGUGAGCAAGCCAAGACGCUUGACGAUUCAAGUCUUCCAGUUAUUGCCCGACACCUUGGUCGUCUCUGCCAUGGUCUAACCCCGAACCUAAGUCCGGAGCAAAAGAAUUGGUUCCUAGGGUUCUACCAGGAACUAGCAAGACUGGGAACUACUGGUUCCAAUGAAACCACCCAUCCAACUCGACCAAUGCCGGAUCUAGUACCUAAAACUGUUGAUGAUAAGUGUGAAAAGUAUGUUGAGUGUAGACAGGCUUGUGCCUUCAACCUGCCAGGGAUGGUACUUUUUGUCGGAGCUGCAAAUUUUACGGAGAAACUUCUUCAAACCUUCUGUGAUUUUGUCUCGGAUCCUAGUCCAUAUGUAAGAAAAACUCUAGCCUCAGGGCUUCAUGAAUUAAUCAAAAUAAUAGGUGUUAAGUUUAGUUCUACCAAACUGCAAAUCGUCACCUUGUUUAACGACAGCAACGUUGACGUCCUGUCGUCCAUGGUGACCAACAUGGUGUACGUCAUAGACGCUCUGGCACGAUUUGGUGUUCUCCAGUUUGGAUCCACAGGAUCCUACAGCCAGGAGUUGAGCCUGGGGAUCUUGAAUAUGGAAGAGAUUAUUAACUCUACCAGGAACUGGAGACUACAUGCUGACUGUUUAGAGAAACUAUCUUGUCUUGCAAACUGUAUCAGUGCUACUGUUAUUCAGACAAGAUACAUUCCUCUUCUUUUUCUCAGAGCUGCUAAAUCUAGACCCCUACCCUCAAGGGUUGCUGCUGUGCGAACUGUUCUGGUCAUCCUAAGGUUUACGGUCAAGCAGGAGGAUAGGUCCAGUAUAAUGUCCAGGAUAAAAGAAGAACUGGCGCAUGGUAGAAGUUGUCAUUCCCGUCUUCUAUAUCUCAAGAUGUGCGAGAUGGCUCUCAUGUUGUUCUCUAGACAAUACUUUAAACUACAUUUCUUCAACCAGUUUCUGGCUCUACACAGGGACCCUGUUCCUAAUGUGAGAUUACGAGUGGUGUCCCUCCUUCCGCAGUUAAAGAGUCUUAUAUCCUUGCCCUCGGACAACUCUUUACUGCAGUACUUAGAAGAGGUUGUCAAGCACUUGCUGAUGGUAGAGAAGGACAGAGAUGUGUUGAACUCCCUCCAGUCCUCCAUCAACUCCCUCUCUGACAUAGAACCAGGGAUGGACGGAGUGGAAUUCCCCCAGGUGGAGGAGGAGAGGGAUGAUGACAGGAAGCUGAGAGAAGAGAAGCUCAUUGCCAACAUGGAGGAGCAGAUUAAGCAGGUUCAAGGGACUAAGUUUGAUCAGCUGAUCACACCUUCUGCUAUCCCAUCCAGGCUUCGGUCUCUGGGGUUGGAUCGGAAAAGAUCGGAGAGCUUGCCUCCCGCUCUAUCCAGAGGAGAAACUCAGUUGAAGACUCGGUUCAAUUCUCCAGAGCCUCCAAGAUAUUCAAACCUGGAGAAACAGUACUCUAAACCUUUCUCUCCUGAGCUGCAGCGUAGAGCUAUCUGGACAUCCCAGGAUGAUCCAACUGAAGAGGAGUAUACCCCUCGUCCAAAUUUAAACACGCCCUACUCCUCUAGUUUGGAGAACCUGGAUCCAAACACACAAGAGUUCAUGAUUGAUGCAGGGAUCAAGCUCCCAACCUCUGUUGGAAAUAUGAGUAGUGCGGCUAGUUUACCUAAUCUAACUUCAAUUGGUCGGGUAACUGAGCCUUUGGUUCGAUCAAACUCCAUUCCAGACACACAGAGCUUGGACGGUGAGCUGUCAAAAUACCUGAUCAGUAACAAGGAAAUGGAACAGUAUGAGGCAGAGUAUAUCAAGGCAGCUCAGGAGGUUUCUGAAACUACUUCUGAUUCUGAAUGUGGACCCAAAUUCCGGGGUAGGUCAGAUACUAGGCUCCGACCACCUAGUUUCACCUCAGCACUCACAACUACACCCAGCAAACUGGGAGGGGAAAAUGUAGAUCCCAGGGUAUCUUCAUUACAAUCUGAACAUGAUAAACAAGAGAAUGUGAAGAUGCAUACAUCUGUCAUCAAUAAAUCAACCCAGUCAAGAGUAUCACCGCCCAAAGAGGAGCGAGAAAGAACCCAGAAAUGGAAUAAUGGGUCUAUUGAACGCCUAGCUGAGAAGUGGGCGUCCAAGAGAGACACCCUUAUUAAGGAGACUGGAGGUAUGACAGAAACACUACAACAGCGCAAACUUGCAAUGGAGCAAAAGCUAGAGAGUGUUAAACGAAGUAUUCCCAAGCGUACCCUUGGUUUUACACCAGAAUCAGUGCAUAAACGACUAAGUUUGUGUGAGAAGGUUGAUGAACGGGAAAAUAAUAUUAAUCUUAAAGGAAAAAGAAAGAGUCUAGAUGUUGACAUUGUCCUUCCUCCCACCUCCUCAGAUUCAGAUGAGGAUGAUCCCAGAAUUUCUAUGAAACUUGGUGAGAUCAGAAACCAAGUUUCUCCAAGUCCAAGACGGAACAGAGCAUCUGUAUCUCCAGCUAAACAUAGGAUUUCUCCAGUUCCUGAUCUCAAACAAAUAAACAUGUCUCUGACAAGAAAUUUAUCACCAUCUCCAGGCCUGGAUAGGAGUAGGAUGUCUCCCUCUCCAGUAAGAUUGUACCAAUCCCCUGAGAGAACCAUGUCCUCCCCAGUCCUAAGAAGAUCUGAUUUAUCUCCCUGUAGAAAAUCUAGUCCUGAACUUGGCUCCAGUGAUUCUGAUGAUUCUCUUCCUCCUUAUCCUUCCAUUGAUAAACCCAAGAUUGAUCAGAGUAAACCCCUUCCUCCUCCACCACCCUCUCUGGACUCUUUGUUCAACAUACCUGAUCUAGAGACCCCAACAAUAGUAUCCUCUGCCUCAUCCAAAUUAUCUCUGAUGGGUUCAGCAUCUUGCAGGAUGGUAACAGCUCCUAAAACCUCUGUAGCUGUAAGUAGAUCAAUCCCUGCUCCUCAGCGUAGUAUUGCAAAUUCUCUCCUUCUUCCAAUCAAAAGUACACCAGAGAUAUCCAAAGUGAAAACUGAAAAUGAAUGUGAAAGUGAGUUCUCGUCCACCAACAGGAUGGAUAAGGUUGAUAUAAAGUUUAAUCCUGCUCUGAAAUCUAGUCCUCAAUAUCAUCCGUCAUCAUCAACUAGUUUUGGAAGUCAUUUGGCAAACCAGAAUAAUAGAAUGAUUCUGGGACAAAAAGUUCAGACAAAAAAGGUUCCUGGUUCUAAUUUUUCAAUGGAGCAAAGGAAGUCUGACAUCAAUACAUCUCAUCUGUCAAAGCUUGCAUUUAUUCAACAAAAACCUGAGCCUGGCUCUGAGAUCACACAGCUCAUGACAAAACCGACAAGCCAAAUCUCUCUGCCCUCUCCGACUAAACAAAGUAGAGCAGAGAACACUCCUGCUGUUGAGAAACCAAACAAAUCUGUUGUCUAUAUAGGAGGCAGAUCAGAAGAUAGAGAAGAAAGGAUGAUUACAAGAACGAGGGAAUUGAAACCUCCCCAAUCUUUGCUUACUUCCUCCUUUAAAAGAAGUCCUAGUCCAGGCGGGUUAGGCAUGCAAAGAACACCUGGGUCUACAGCUUUUAAAAAGGGCAGUUUUGGGACGAAACGUUUAUCCCAGGAGAAUUUACUAGAUCUGAACAGAAAUGAGGAGCAGAGAGAAUCCACUGUUAAACUUAGCGAUGAGAAGAAAACAUCUCAGAGUCAGGGAUCAAGCAGUGAGAGUAGUAGGAGCUCCAGUCCUCCAGGGCAUGAUUCUGUCCUUACUCCAGACUCCUUGGAGUCCUUUAGUCCUGCAGGGACUCCUCAAUCCCCAGGAUCAUCAGGAAGGAUAAGUAGGACAGGGAUUGUUGGCCCAAGGCGUUCCUCUGGAAUGAGGAUGUGGCAGGGACAACUGGGCUCAAGAAAAGGUGGUAAAACAAGUCCUAACAUAAGCAGGAGUCCAAGUCCAACUCAGAUAUCUCCAACCCCUACCCGGAAAACAGAAACCCUGCCCCGAACCAACAAUUCAUCGAAAACAUUGAACUCUCCUUCACAAGUUCAAAGAAGAUCUUAUGGAGGAAGCAUCACUGCUCCAGGAGGAAAAUACACCUCUGCUCCUGGAGCAAAAUAUUCCUCUGCUCCAAGCACCCCCCGGCACAGUAGAAAUGAUCUAAGAGGAGGAGGGAGUAGUCCCAGCAGUCCUGGUGUAUCUAGGUCUACAUCCCCUGCUAUAUCAGCAGAGUUGAGGAGAAGAUCAACCCACUACCCUGUCUCUAACCAAUAUGAAAUGAAGAUAACUCCUCCUCCCCCGGCAAGAACUGUAAGUGAACGAAGUCUGUUGACAUCAACACCUCUUCGUAGCUUUCAACCUCAACCUCAAAGCAGAACUCAAUCCCACUCUGCACUGCAGGAUCUAGAUCAGAUCAGGAAACCAUCCUACUCCAAUCCAUCUCCUGGUAUGCCUUCUGAAAGUCGAGGUUUCUCUCAGCCCACUUCAAGACUUAAAUCUAACCUACAGGCUCCCAAUAGGAAAGCUCCUCUGAGUUCUACAUCUGGAAUUAGGGAGUUCACUUCCUGUCAACCUCAACCAACUUCGAGUAAGAAAAUGCUUCAUCCUCAACCCUCUCCUCGUAAUAUUGCCUCUAACUCUGAAUUAUCCCGGAUUCAGGUCAGCUCUUCCUCCCAGAGUAGAACCCAGAUAGAUUCCCAACCUGCUUCGACUAGAAAUCAGAGCUCUUCUCUUUCUACCCAAAGCAGGAUUCAACCCAUUCCUCAACCUUCUCCCUUCAGGUUUCAGAAUAACCCACCACCAGCCCAGAGAAGAGUUCCCCAAUCUCCUCCGACAAGGAUUCAAUUAAACCCUUCUCCAGCUCCAAAUAAGAUACAAACUACUCCUCAACCUACCUCAAGGAUUCAACUCUCUCCGAUAAGACAAACAUUUCAAGCCCCCCGCUCCGCAACCCCUCAGAUCAAGAAUCCUUCUGAAGUUUCUAAUCUUAAUAGUCCUGUUCAGCUCUUGCUUAGACCUGGAGAAAGCUGUAAACCUCAACCAAGAUCUGGAGAAAGUGUUGUACCUGGAUCUAGAUCUGGAGCUAAACCCUCAAGGUUUGGGUUCGGAUUCUCUUCUAAACUACAAUAGCACUCAGAGUUAGAGGGUCCUUUGGAGUUACAAUAUAAAGCAAUGCUAACUUCUAUUAAAGAUAUCAAAUGCCUUAAUUAUUUUUUUUUACUCUGAACGCAAUGCUAACUUUUUUAUCAUCAAAUUAAUAUUAAUCAUGGAACCUGAUUCAAAGUAGAUAUAUUAACAUAAAACUAAAGCAAAUGUCUUAAAGCCUUAAUACAAUCAUUCUAGCCUUACAGUUACAAGUUAAGUUAGGUUAGGUUCAUAAUUUUCAAGGUUUUAAUUAUAUUUAUAAGCCGUCUCAAGAAAAACAUGUUUUUUUGUUCUCCAUGCGUGUGGUUUAAGAUUGCUAUGUUUAUUUGUAUUAAAUUUUAAACUGUUCCAGUCUUCCUGUAGCUAAACUUUUAUUUGUGUGCCUUGGCUGUAGUCAGUUGUUACACCGAUCUUUAAAAAAUGGUAAAAGCUUCUUUUAACAUACUUGAUUACCAAUAAAAAAUGACUUUUUGACGACAAUCUGAUUUUCAUUAGACUAAAAAUUAGAUUUAUUUGCUGAAAUUUAUUUGAAAUAAGAAUAUAUUCUUUUUUAAUUCUGACCGGGUUCGUUAAAACCUUCACUUUAAUGUCCUGUGAGGUCCCACAAAAAAAAAUUGACAAACAUUUUUUUAUUGAUCCAAACAAAUCGACCAACAACGCAUAAAUAGAAAAAAGUUAAUAAAUCUGCAAUGUCGUUUCUAAAGUCUUAUGAUUUACUGGUAACCUUCUGAAAAUGAUUUUUAAUAUGAUUUUAAGUAUUUACAACGAGACCGAAAUAAGCAUUUGAACCCCAAAUUUUACAUUUUAAAAGUAAUUCUGAAAAUAGCAUUUUUUUUUACCAAUCCUAAGUUUUCCGAACUUCAUGUGAAAUCCGUUUUCCGUCAAUUUUAUGUCCAGUUAAGUUUAAUUAACAUUUUUGCAUAAUAAUCUAAUAUUUUCAACCCUUCAAGUGGCAAACUAGUCUGUCUUACAAGGUGUCUAUGAAAACACCUGACAAUAUAAUGAUCAAGUUCGGAUUCCUUUUUGUAAACUGAUUUCUCUAAAAAUGUCCGUACUUAAAAUGGUAAACAUAGGCUGUAAACCAGUUUUGAAUACACUGAUGAAUCGAAAUUGACAUCGAAGUCGUCUUCAUUGUAUUUAUAUAUAUGCAACGACGACAGAAGAACAUUUGUUUCGUAAUAUUGAACAAUUAGUCAGAUACAUUAGAAAUGACUGACAAUUUGUUCAAAAUUGCAGAUUGUUAGGGAUAUAAUUUGUGAUAUAAACCUAACAUUUUCAUUUAAUUUCGAAUAACAUUUUUUGUUAUUUAGAAUUGUUUUCUGUUAUUCCGGAUUACGACAUAAAUGUAAUGGUGCUUUUAAAAAACAUUGCUUAAUCAAGAAAUAAAAGAAAAAACUGUACAACCUGUGCACAUGUACUAUGUACAAUGUACAUAGUACAUAUGUACGUAAAAUAUAAUGCUUGCAGGACGGAUUAAGUUUAGCAUAACAUGUUUUAAUGGUGCUUUUUUCAUUAAAUGUUAAUUAUUCUGGAGUUAAAUAUAUAUAUAUUAAUAAGAA